ACCAAAGCCCAAAAACCCACAAACUUGAAAACAACUUUCCACUAUAAAAACCCAAUAACCACCGAAUUUUCUAGGGUUUUUGUUGAGUCGUCUUCUUCCUAGAGCACCAAGCAGCAGCAGCAGCAGAAGUUCUCGCAUUCACCAUGGGUCGUAUGCACAGUGGCGGUAAGGGUAUUUCUUCAUCUGCUAUUCCUUACAAACGUACUCCACCUGCUUGGCUUAAGAUCUCAUCUCAAGAUGUUGAUGAGAAUAUUUGUAAGUUUGCGAAGAAGGGUUUGACUCCUUCUCAGAUUGGUGUGAUUUUGAGGGAUUCUCAUGGUAUUGCUCAAGUUAAGAGUGUUACUGGUAGCAAGAUCCUUCGUAUUCUUAAGGCUCAUGGUCUUGCUCCCGAAAUCCCAGAAGACCUUUACCAUCUUAUCAAGAAGGCCGUGGCUAUCAGGAAGCAUUUGGAGAGGAACAGAAAGGACAAGGACUCCAAAUUCAGGCUGAUUUUGGUUGAGAGCAGGAUCCACAGACUUGCUCGUUACUACAAGAAGACUAAGAAGCUUCCACCAGUCUGGAAAUACGAGUCUACAACAGCCAGUACUCUUGUGGCAUAAGCUUCAGGUUCUGUUUCGGAUCCGUUGAAGUAGAAGAUAUGCUAUCUUCAGGCAGGGCAGGCUGUAUUUCAUUGUGUGUUCUAUAAUUAGUAUCAUCACAUCGUUUGUAUUAUGACGAGAAUUUUUGUUUUUUCAUAGCAAGUGUUUAGGACUCAAGAAUUGCCUACAUGUCUUGGUAAUUUUGUCACUGUGAAGGCAUCUUAGUUUUGUUGUUGAGCAA